UCUCUCUCUCUUUCUCUCUCUCUCUCUCUCUCUCUCUCUCAUGGCGGGUUCAAGACUUUUCUUCUCUCUCCUUCACUACCACGCUUUCUUUAGGAAAUGGAAAUUCAGACAUCUCAAUCUCCGUUUGGUAGGAGCAGUUGUUGAGAAAACGAUUCUUUGCCGUUCUUUAAAAAUUCAAAUCUCACUUCCAUUCCACUCCUCUUUCCAACAGAUACUUACCUUCUUGCAAAAUCCAUUACUAAACGUCAAUUCCCACGCCUGAAAUCCUACUUUUUCCAUUGCUUUCUCAAGAAGCCGGCUUGGAGAAACUGAUUUCUAUUAGCUUUAGUGAUAGAAAAAAAAAUCCUUCAUCGAUGGAGCUUUGGUGGGUAAAUAGGUUCCUGAAAUCAGAAAAAAAAUCUAAUUUCUUCUAUUGAAUUGUUUUAGAAUCCAAUAUCCAUUUCUGGGUUUUCAGGUUUAUAUUCUAUAUGUAAUUGCUGAAAAAGAUAGGGGUUUUUGCAGUUUUCAUCAGAAAUUCUCUAUUGUUUCUGCAUGUUUUGAUGUUUAGAAUGUUUUUCUGGAAUUCAGUCUUGUUUAUUUUUUUGGUCCUGAUUGAUCCUGAGCUGUGACGGUUCAUUCGAAUGAGAAUGUUUUCUAAAUAUCGGGACAAGUAGACUGAUGGUGUACGUUCUUGGGAAAUCUCCAUUGUUUUGGUAUGUUUCAAUGAUUAAAAUGUCUCAACUGAUGCUUAGCUGCAGCCAUGCGGUUCACACAAGCUGUUGAAGGAGAACAUCAAAAGAUUAGAAUAAGUAGAUCAGAUUUUGUGCAUUUCGCCACAGUGUAUGCUCUUUCAGCCAGAACAUCUGUUUCCGAUAAUCCUGAAUGUUCUGUUUAAUAUAGAGCAGCACUCGUCAAAUGGGAAAGCAAGGCUCGCCUAAAUGGCUGCGCCUGCCACCAUUCUCGAACGAGUCGGUGAAUGUUCAAAAGCCAUCCUUUUCAACAAAAAACAACAAGACCAAAUCUUUGGAUUCUACAUUGGGUGGAGAUCCUUCCCUUGGGAGGAAAACAAUUGGUGGGGAUUACUUCUCUGGGACCAAAGGUAUGGUGCCUAAUGGCUCGAAGAAUGCUAAUUCUCAGCUCAAUGCAUCAAAGGGGUCACCUGGUGGGAGAAGACCGAUGUUGCUUUGUAAGCAUGUAAGGACGAUCGGUUUUGUCUUGGUGCUGUUGGGCUCCUUUUUUCUGCUGGAUUCUCUGAUGCUGUCUCUCGUCCAUCGCUUAAAUCUUCAAAGUGGCCCAGUCCAUGGAACAUUGGAGGGGUCGCAGAAGGACGAGGGGACCACACAUGUUGACAAUGAAGAGACACCAAAAGUGAUGUACAAACGUCUUCUAGAUUUGGCUUCUAGAGCUCUUGUGGAGAAUCAAUUUAAACCUGAGCCAUCAACUCUAUGGAAGGAGCCAUAUAAACAGGCAUCUGCAUGGAAACCUUGUACAGACAAAGAUAAUCUUCAAUAUCAAGGGAAAACUACCAAAAGCAAUGGGUAUAUACUGGUUAGUGCAAACGGUGGUCUAAACCAACAAAGAGUAGCUGUAUGCAAUGCCGUUGUGGUUGCUUCUCUACUCAAUGCGACUCUUGUUCUUCCUAAGUUUCUUUACAGCAGUGUUUGGAAGGAUCCCAGCCAGUUUGGUGACAUUUAUCAAGAAGAGUAUUUCAUGCAUUAUUUGAAGGAUGAUCUCAGUAUUGUGAAGCAGCUGCCUUCUCAUCUCCAGUCACUAGACUUUGAAGCAAUUGGUAGUUUGAUUACAGAUGCAGAUAUUAUGAAGGAGGCAAAACCAAUCUAUUUUGUUAAUGAGAUACUUCCUCUCCUUCGACGGAAUGGAGUUGUUCAUUUCCUUGGAUUUGGCAAUCGGCUUGCCUUUGAUCCACUGCCUUCUAAGUUGCAGAGAUUAAGAUGCAAAUGUAACUUCCAUGCACUGAAGUUUGUGCCCAAAAUUCAACGAGUUGGUGCUUUAUUGGUUAGAAGAAUCCGAAAAUAUGACGUACGACGGAGCUUGUUAGAUAAGCAAUUGUUUGGAAAGUUCAUGCCCAGUAUUCCCCCGAAACAGCAUGAAGCAUUAAGAGGCCCAUCUAAAUAUCUUGCUUUGCACUUGAGGUUUGAAAUGGACAUGGUAGCAUACUCUCUAUGUGAUUUUGGUGGAGGAGAAAACGAGAGAAAGGAAUUGCAAGCCUAUAGGGAGAUUCACUUUCCUUUGCUAAUCAUGCGCAUGAAAGACACCGAGUUCACUUCUCCUUCGGAAUUGAGGAAAUUGGGAAGAUGCCCGUUGACACCUGAAGAGGCGGCACUUAUGCUUUCUGCUCUUGGUUAUAAACGCGGAACCUACAUCUACCUUGCCGGAUCUGAUUUAUAUGGAGGGAAAUCAAGGAUGCUUCCGUUCACUACCCUCUACCCGAACUUGGUCACAAAGGAAGAUUUUCUCAUGCCGAGUGAACUUGCACCUUUCAGGAAUUUCUCUUCCAAGAUGGCAGCACUGGAUUUUAUUGCCUGUGCAACAUCAGACGUUUUUGCAAUGACCGAUUCAGGAAGCCAGCUUUCCUCACUGGUGACAGGAUACCGCACUUACUACGGUGGUGGAUAUGCUCCAACCCUCCGACCCAACAAGAAGAGAUUUGCGUCGAUCUUGUCAGAAAAUGGCACCAUAGAAUGGAGCGAGUUUGAGGGGAGGGUGAGGAAAAUGAUAGAUGAAAACCAAAGAGUGCGAGUACGGCGUGUGGGUCGAAGCAUAUACAGGCAACCAAGGUGCCCGGAAUGCAUGUGUAAAAUUCGAUAGCACAUCCUCACUAUGGCAGCAGCCAUAAGCCUCUGUGUAUUUAUUUUUUGGCCAUUUAGAAAUCACAAGUUUCCAUGUUUUUUUUUUGGGUAAGCUGUUUCCCACCCCCACAUGCAUAAACUUUCUUAAUGAUAACAUAGAAAAGCAAAUACG